AGAGCAGAGUGGCCAGAGGAGGUGAGAGAGAGAGAGAGAGAGAGAGAGAGAGAGAGAGAGAGAGAGAGGGAGAGAGAGAGAGAGGGUGGGGGGUGGGGAAGCUGGCCUCAUCAGUCGAACCUCCCCACACACAGACAGUGCCGGAGGGAAUCUAGUCAGCAGCAAUCCGGAGAACGGAGCUAGCCAGGCCACCCACUGUCACUCGCCCCUCCGGCAUCAACAACAUGUGGCAGCCAGCGAGCGAGAGACUGCAGCACUUUCAGACCAUGCUGAAAACAAAGUUGAAUGUAUUGACUCUGCGGAAGGAACCCCUACCUACCGUCAUCUUUCAUGAACCAGAAGCCAUUGAAUUGUCUCCCACAGCUCCUAUGAUGAACAGCCAGUAUAACACAGAGCGCAAGGUUAGGUACUUAGGAAAAGUGGUCAUGAAGGGGACACAGUUUACGUCAGGAUGCACCGAAAAGUCAGUUGUUGAGUUGUGGGAGAAACACACAUUGGAUCAAGAAGACAUAUCAUCAGCCAAUGCCAUUUUAGAGAUCCGCCCAUUCCAAGUCCGUCUCCACCAUUUGGAUUCAAAGAGGGAGGCAGCAGUGCAGAUGGAUACUUUCCAGGUGGCACGCAUUGCCUAUUGCACAGCAGAUCAUGAUGUCAGCACCAACAUCUUCGCUUGGCUUUAUAGGGAGAUCAAUGAUGAUUUGUCCUAUCAGAUAGAUUGCCAUGCGGUUGAAUGCGGGAGUAAGCUCGAAGCCAAAAAACUAGCACAUGCCAUGAUGGAGGCCUUCAAGAAGACCUUCACCAGCAUGAAGAAUGAUGGGAAAAUCCAGAACAGCAGUUCUUCUGAGGAAGCAGAGUCUGCAGCAUCAGAUGAUGGCUGAAAAGGGUAAUUGAUUAAUUGGGGAUCAACGUUGAAGUCUGGCCUGAUGAUGAGAGCCAUUUGAAAGAAAUAAAUAGUCGAAACCUAAUUGAGGAUGAAACGCCAAUGAACCCUUGGUUGGUUAGCUUGCCAAAUUAGCCAAGUGACAAUACAUAAUGAGAAAAAAAAUUUUAAAGAGUAUGCAUAAUUAAAUAGUUGCAUUGAAAUUUAAAACAACUGCUCUGCUCUGAUUGCGAGUAGAAAGCUCUGACUCCCUAUGGGUGUUCGACACAUCUGCUGAUGUUAGUUCUUUGCUAAUUUACCUAACAAAAUUCACAAAACUAACAGAACAGUUAACUUUGUUGCUACAGCCAAGUAUUAAACUGAAGUUUAACUACAGAGGGAUUAUCAUUAAGUCAAAACAGUUAAGAGAAAAGGAACAGAAAUUUUUCAUAAAGAUUGAAAUCAGAAUCAGCAAGACUUACGCGUAAAAGUGAUUAAAAAGAAAUACAUUGAUCUAUCUUCAUAUAUUUCUACCAACAUAUAAGCUACAAUAUAUGUAAAGAUAUAUUCCAUUUUUAUAAAAUAUAUUUCAAAAUGUAAGUAUUAAAAUGUAAUGUUUAAAAUCUUUAAAAAUUGUGGUGUAUUAUCAACUGUGAAGAUCAUAUGGAAAUAUUUGAUUGUAAAUUCAGAGGUUUGUCACAUGGAGACCUCUGAUCUGCAGUUGUUUCUCAAAAUCAGAGGAAUAAAUGAGGCAUUAAAAAAUCUCUAGCCAGCACUACCGUUUAAAUGGACUCCAAACUUGUUUCAUUUUAAGUAUUUUUGUUUUAUUUCAAAUAUUUUUAAGAGAAAUGGAGAUUGUUCCCAAAAGAUCCUCUGCAAGAAUCUGUUCACAUUUCUGUCCCUCCCUGCUCAGCACAGGUUAUUUUCUUUAAUUACAUUCAUCUAGGCCAAUCGCAUUGCUUAACUCACCGAUCGAAAGAGUUAUAGGAGGCUUAUAUUUGCAAGUCUCCAUAGUUUUAAUCCUAUUAUCUUGAUACUGCCCUUCACCUCAUUGUGUUCCCUUUGCGUUCUUCACAGAAUGCGCCAAGUAAUGUAAAUGACCACUUCGGAUGCCAAGCUUCUCUUCUUACCCAGAGUUACUUUGUUCUUCCAUUACUGGGAGUGACUGUGUCAGCUGUGAGAGAUUUAAGAAUUUUAUAAAGCAAAUAGUUUAGUUUUCCAUUUAUCUACCUUGCCUUUGCAUCAUGGAUUGACUGUAAGCCAAAAACUGAGUUCCCAAGCUGGUUAGAGCUUUUCCAUUUUCAUUAAGAUGGAUGCUAGAAGGCUAACUUUCCAAUGUAUGAAGGCGAUGAAUGGUUGCUAGCGAAAAAAGCCAUUUUUUGCACUAAGAUGGUGAACCAUCUUGUAACGUACUAAAUCAAUAAGCAGAAGAAUGGUUUCCCAAUCAACAACUGUCUAAUGAAUCUGUGCUCACGUGAAUAGUCCUUUUUUAAACAAUAAAGUGACUUGUUAUUUAAUGGCAGCUCUCUGUCACUGCAGCAUGUCAAUUGAGAUUACUUCAGUGUGUGACUGUUUUUUGGAAGUUCAAUGUUACCUGCAUUUGUGAAGUUACAAAAUAAAUUGUUACGUGCUGAGGAUUGGAAAGAGGGUCAUUAUUUUAUUAUUGGGAGAUUAACUAAUUUUGUAACUGUCCUGGGUGCCGGCAG